AUGAGUCAUUCAGUAAAGGUGAGUGUUUGGUUUGGUUAGAUAAAAUAAAACGACUAACGAGAGAAUCGAGUCGAUUGAGUGAAUUCAUCUGAAGCGACUUUGAGAUAAUUUGUUUAUACAUUCAGUGUAAUAAUCGAUGUCGUAUUGUUUCAACACUUUCAACUUCCAAAAUAUAUCUGAUUCAGUCUGAAUGCUGUUCCGUUAUUUUGAAUUUUGAAGAAAAAAAUGGCAUUAUCCGGAGAAACAAAACUAGAUGUUCAUCGUAAUAAUGUUUUCAUUACCAUGAAUGAAUUCAGAGAACAGAAUCUCUUCUGCGACGUAACCCUGGAUAUCGAUGGUACGUUGUUCCCUUGUCAUCGUCUUAUUUUGAUGGCCUGGUCUCCUUAUUUUCGAACAAUGUUCAAUGGAAAUUUCAAGGAAAGCAGUACAAACACCAUUUCCAUUCAAGAAAUUGGCGCAAAAACAAUGGAAAUAAUUUUGUACGCUGUUUACACCUCCCGAAUUAAUUUUCUUCCAGAAAAUGUGUACUUUAUACUGAAAGCGAGUCAUUUAUUCCAAAUGGACGUUAUCUUCAACGCAUGUGUGAACAGUAUUAUGAUGAAUGCGACUCAUAUUCAUUACUUGAUCGAAACCUGUUUGUUUGCUAAAACCAUCGAACUUCAAAAGUUGUACAAUUGUUGUGUUGAGGGGAUAGCAGUCGAUUUCUUACACUGGGGAAAGACUGACAGUUUUCUACAUCUCACAUUUGACACAGUGAAGGAUGUAUUGUCAAAGGUCGAUUCUGCAUAUUAUAGUUUCUCCGAUGAUGACUUUCUUGCGACGAUUAUCAAAUGGUGUAAAAAUAAUCACGCCAGUGCAAGGGAUAUCAAAGUACUCGUACAAACUCCUAAAUUUAAUAACAAAGCCCUUGCGGCAUCUCUGCUGGCGGAAUUGGUUCUCAGCUGUGGCAGUUCAUUCUUGAAUAGUGAAUGUAAAAAUGAAAAUGCCGACGAUAAACUUCAAUCAAAUUGCGAUAUGAAUUUUAAUGUCUAUUUGCACGGUGUCGAUGUUAAAAGUGGAGCCAAAGGAUGGGGAACAUUGAAGCUGAAUAACUCAUUUGAUAAGUAUACACUAUUGAACUUUCGACCUGAAGAUUAUUCAUUCAGAAGAAUAUGUCUUAUCGGAACGAAGAUUUAUUGUUUAGAAUGGGAUCGGCUGAAAGGAAACUGUGGUUUUUAUUGUUACUCUGAAGACAACGCUAGAGUAACAUUGCAAACACCAGCAAAUUUUGCUUGCCACGACGGGAGCUGUAAUUUCGAAAUGAUGGCGGUAGAGAACAAUAUUUAUCUAUUUUAUCCACUCACUAAUACUGACAUUUGGGUUUACAAUUGUGAAGUGAACUCUUGGCAGUGCCAAAAUUUCAGAGUUUUCACAAAUCGUUGUACCGAACCAGCUCUGCAGAAUUAUUCAAAAUGGUCUGCUCUCGCGUCUUUGGAUCAUGUUAUAUAUGUUAUUGGAUGUAAAGGCCAUACCGGGUAUUCUGAUGAAAGAUAUAUUGCAAAAAUCGAUACUCGUACUGACAGUACAACCAGGAAUUACGUGACAUUCCCCAAACCGUUUCAACAUGAAAAUGCAGCCGUCUGCGCAUUUGAUGGAAAAAUAGCUAUUUCCGGCUCCGACCACGGCGGCAUUUUGCGCAAUACUUUCAGUAUUUUUGACGUGACAGCUGGUCAAUGGAGAACUGAUCUAAAACCCAUGAAUGAUGGCAGAGCAAGACACAAAUUGAUUCAUCAUGAUGGGUUCAUCUAUACAUUGGAUAGUAGUCCAUUUACGAAGAACGAAAAAUACGACGUUGGUUUGAAUACGUGGAUCGAAAUGCCAAGUUUACCAAAUCGUGUACAAUUCGUUAAUUCUGAUUCAGUAAACGCUACGAUUGGCUGUAAACAAAUAUUCCAUGUUAAUGUUGAUUCCCCUUCAUCUUAGCGUGGUUCGUUGCUUUGUCUGAAUAGGAAAGUUCAAAAUCGAUGUACAUACCUAUGUUACUUUUUUUUGGUAAUUUUGAUUAAAAUAAUAUUGUUUAUACUUUGAGAAAAUAAAAAACGUUUUUUUAAAUCAAA